AUGUGUGUUUGUAACGCCACGUAUUGCGAUGACUUCCCACCCCUUAAGAAACCAACCGAUGGUUUCGUAACCGUUUAUGAGAGCAAUAAAGCCGGCGAUCGGUUCACUGAAACUCAAUUAAAAUUUCACUCAAAGAUCUCAUUGGACUCACAGAGUGUUACCAUAACUGUGGACAAGAAUCGCAAAUAUCAGUCAAUCUUGGGAUUCGGGGCCGCCUUUACUGACAGUACGGGACAAAUGCUUAGGUCUGUCAACGAAUCGUUGGCCGACCUGUUAAUAGACAGCUAUUUCUCGGAAAAUGGUAUCCAGUACUCAAUGGCGAGGGUACCCCUGGCCGGCACCGACUUCUCCGAUCGGCCCUAUUCUUACGAUGACGUCGAUGAGGAUCUGGAGCUCAAGAACUUUGCCCUUCAGAAGGAAGACAUCGAUUGGAAGAUUCCGUACAUUAAGAGAGCUCUGAAAGUAAGUCCACAUAACGUCAGACUAUUUGGCAGUCCUUGGAGUCCUCCCUCUUGGAUGAAAAGUAAUCACAAUUUUUCGGGAACGGGUUAUUUGAGAGGCGAUGUCGGCGGACAGUACUACCAGUCCUUUGCUAAUUAUUUUGUCAAAUUUUUGGAUUCAUAUAAAGCAAAUGGCAUUGAAUUUUGGGGACUGACUGUUGAGAACGAGCCGAUUGAGGGACAAAACAAUAAGAGCUAUAAUUGUCUCAACUUCACGGGCCCUACGGAAAGGGAUUUCGUAAAACUGAAUUUAGGGCCGACACUGGAAAAGGCAGGCUAUGGUAGAGAUAAACUGCAAAUCAUGGUAUACGACGACAACGCCUGGGGUUUAAAAGAUUUCGUGAAACCCAUUCUGGAGGACAAGGAGUCGGCCAAAUACGUGUCGGGCAUCGCCUAUCACUGGUACGGAAACGAGGCAAUGGGUGGUUGGCCUGACUAUCUGCUCGACGAAAUGCAUAAAACCUAUUCCGAUGUAUUCCUACUGAACACAGAGGCCUGUCAUUUGGAUGGACCCGAGUUGGGCCGUUGGGAUUACGCCGAGAGAUACGCCUACGAUAUCAUCAGAGCGUUGAAUAACUACGUGAGGGGUUGGGUGGAGUGGAAUAUGGCUCUGGACAUGGAUGCCGGCCCCCGUUGGUGCGAGAAGGCUGGCUACGGG